GCAGGAAGCAGACCGCCGAGCCUCGUGUGCGGUUAGGUCGGAGCUAAAGCUAAAAACAGUUUGUUAAAAUGUCCAAAAGCCAAACACUGAGAGCUUUGGUGAAUGAGCGGCUGACUGCGGCUGCUGAAGAGAUCUUUGCGCUGUUUGAAAGAACGAUAGCGGAGUAUGAGGAGGAAGUGUGUCGCUCCAAAGAGGAGAACCAGAGGAAACAGGAGCUCCUGGACUCGAUACUGAGCCCCUCAAAGAGUCCUGGUCCCGGUCUGAACCAGGACCCUCCACACACUCCACGGAUUAAAUUGGAGCCAGAGGAGCCACAGGAGCCAGAAGAGCCAGAGGAGCCGAGAGUCAAACAGGAGGAUCACGCUCUACAGAAUUUGCUGGUGAAAGUGGAAUGCCGAGGAGUCAAACAGUUUGUCCAAGUGCCGGAUGUCGACGGCACCUUUAACUUUUCUGCGUUUCUUCAAGAAGUGACACACACUUUCCAUUUGCCUGAGCGGCUGGACUUGGACAAACUGUGUGUGACCGAUGAGACGGGCACCGAAGUGGAUGAAGAUGUUUUUGAUGAGCUGAUGAAGUCUGGGGUGGAACAGUUAUCCGUUCACUGUCGGUAUCCCGUAACAGAUGACCCCUCCAUGACCCUGGAUUUCACUGCUGAAGAUUGCGAUGGCUCAAAAUCUCCCGCAUCUCCGACUCCUUCACUGCUGGAAAACGUUACGUCCUUUUUGUCUAAUGAGUCCGCCAUCGCACGACCCUCCCCAAGAAAGAGAAAAGAGCCGCCCACAGACAUGGACCGCACUGAAGCCCUACAGACUGUUCAAAGUGCUCUGAAGUCCCAUCCAAAAGGGACGAGUAUAUUUCGUGAGUAUUUCAAAACCAAAAGGCUGUCGGACAGAACACGUCGACUGAUGGUGAACAUCCUGGUCACGGCCAUGAUCGAUUCCUACGGAAAACAACCACCAAGAUGUAUCCGGACAGCGUUUGCGAGGGGCAUCGUUGCUUUGUUUCCAAAUCUGCAAGAUCCUUUCUCAAGAAACGGAUUUGAGCACUUCUACGAUCCCAUCAGCAGCACUGGCUAUUUGGCGUGGAGACUCAAGACUGUCCAGCGUAAAUCUUCAGACUACAGACCAAGACUCAAAAAAUCACGGCCAGUACAGCUCCAGUGCAGCCCCACCACUCUGCGGCUCCCCCUGGUGUCUGAAGAUCAGCUCCACGGAGAGGAGUGCGCGCAGGCCCUCUCACUCCUCUCCCAGUCCGUCGACAAAUCUGUGGUUCGAGAGAAGAUGAGGGCCACUUUUAAAUACAGACAGAACCUGGUCCACAAUCGAGAAGACGUCUCAAGUGUUUUUGACGUUUUCCCUCGUUUCCUGGAUACUCCUGGUUUAAUAGAACAAGAUUUCUCCCUGCUAUUUGGUGAUGAGAUUUCUGAAAAGUUCAUUUCCAAGUGGCCUCUGCACUUCAAGCCCAAAGUGAUUUCCGAAUGUCAAAAGAUCCCAAACCUCUACACCUGCGAGCUGCUGUCCUCUCUGGAGUCGAGCCCCGAAAGUGAGCAAUGCUGGGACAGCGAUGUAACAUCUCUUCUUCUGCUUCUCCACCUCCUUCCUCCAACACCGAGAGGACCACAGAAAAUGGCCAAGAUCAGCUCUGCUCAGGCGGCCAGUCGCCUCUUUAGAUUUGUCAAAAAAGGCAGAAGCGUGUCCACGUUCCUGGAGACGGUGGAGCAGAGACAGCCCUUCCUGCUUUGUGUCGGGGAGAGAAAGAAGCACAUAGAAGAGUUCUUCGUUGUUAUCGACCAGACGGCUCUACCGUGCGCCGCAGAGAGCACAUUAGCUGCUUUUGACGCUCUGUUUAAAGCCCACUACGUCUUCUGUGUCCCAUAUGACCCAGCGCUGGCAGGCUUCUACACGUUCAUCCAAACUACGGUCUACAACAUCGACGUUGGACUCACAAAGGAAACGCCCAGGGUCAGAGAGCUACGAGCGCGGAUUCUAUAAGAAAAGACAGACUAAAACUCAACUGAAUGUGAUUGAAUGUACAUUUUUGUUACUGAAGAAGAAGAAGAACCCUGUCAGAACUGAAGAAGCAAAAAUAUGUACUAAAAAAAGGUUUGCCCACUUGACAGUUUUCUUUUGCAAUAUUUACAAUGCAUUAUGUUUUGGUUUAUGUAGAUGUUUUGAGAAAAUAUUUAAGUUUUUUAUACGAAUGUGAAAAAAAAGUUUAGUACAAAUAUUUUCAAAAUAUUCUGUAACUUUUCAGGUGAGUUUCUGCCACCUGCUGGUCUUUUUAGGGAUUUUGUUACAUUGUCUGGACAGUUGCACAC